AUGGAGUCUUCAACGACGUCGUCUAAGGCCAAUGCAAAGCCAGCCGCCUCUUACCCCACCCGAGGAAUCGGACAUCCACCGGAGGGAUAUCCUCCACCGCCAAACUACGGCGGCGGAUAUCCACCUGCAGGAUAUGCUCCGCCGCCUCCAAUGCCUGGAUACGGUGGAUAUCCGUCGCCGCCACCACCGUACGGCGCGUAUCCACCGCCGUACAACACUGGGCCCUACGCUCCACAAGCCUACGGUUAUCCACAUCAUCCGCCACCGCCGCCGGCUUAUGUUUAUGGUCCACCACCGCCGGGAUAUCCGCCGGCGACCAAUGCUCCAACGACGGGUAAGAAGAAGAAAGGAAAGAGUAAAAUGCUUGGAUUAGGAGCGGGGUUGCUCGGUGGAGUUGUCGGAGGGCUUUUGCUCGGGGAUUUUGCGGCGGAUGCUGGGGCGGCAGCGCCGUCGUUUGAGUUAUUUUCCGAUGCCACCGGCGGCGGAUUUGAUCAAUUGUGCGAUGCAAGGAUGCAAUCUGUGUCCGAUAGCAUUGAUUUGCUCGGAACCAUUUGA